GUAGAAUGUAUCAUAUGAGUUGAGAAACAAUUCAUAUUAGAAUUCUGCGGCGCAAUUAAGUGAAUAUAAGCUCACCGGGAGUCAAGCAGAGAAACUGCAUGGCCGACGUCAUUUCGUCACCCCAGCAUUCUCAAAUAAACAUUAUCAACCACAACCUCACAACGGAACGCGCAUUCCCUCCGCACAUCACCUCCAAAGAUUUUCAUACUCUCAUAUUACUUCUCUUCACAAACAAUGUAAUACAAUAAUAGAUUCGCACAUAACAAUGGUAAUUACUUUAAAUCGCGUCAUCGCGCACCAGUUUCCGUCCUGAUUACUUCAUACAUUCCUCUUCAUUUCUCAGACAGCUAACCAUAUAUCCCCAUUCAGGACACCAUAAUCCGCAAGCCAAUUGCGAUCGCGACCUCGAAGCCCGCCCGCAAAACGUAUCUAAAUACUAUAUUAUUCCUGUCGACGUCGCUUGUACUGUUUGGAUUUGCUGUGGUGGCCUAUGCGGUGUUUUAUUGGAGCUGGGUGCCGGCGUUGGGAGUGGAGAGGAGGGUUUGGUUGCAGUUUGCGUGCGUAUCAUCAUAUUCGAGGGUUUCUCACAUGGGGGUUAGGGCUGCGACGUGUUGGUUCUUUGGAGGAGAGAAGGGAUUGAGAAUGGAUGUGCUAACAAGUCCACAAACGCAGACCCGGCCAGCAUCCCCACGGCAUAGUUUCCCUCCAUAAUUCUGUCGUAACACGACAAGAAUAUGAUAUCCAGCUCGAACUACAUAUGCCCCGUUCCCCACCAAACCUGAAAGCCGGGAAUUUUAUGGUUCAUGUGAAUUUCCUUGGACCUAAUCAUAAAACAUCAAGCUCGAUACCAGUCGUCGAACAUCUACUACCUUUAUCAAGAAUUACUAAAAAUGAAGAUGUUCUCUUUUCAUCUCGGCGGCCUACAAUUUUGACGUAUGAAAGUGAGUUGAUAUCUGGACUGGGGAAGGUGGUAAAUGCACCCCUGUAUGUGCUUGGCUGGAAAAGAGAAGAUGAGAAAAUUACGGUGGAGAUGGCGGAAAACGUCAGAUUUCCGAGAGGGAAUAAGAAUGUUCCCAGUGCGGUAGAAGUGGUCAUUGAGAAAGACUCGGGAGAAGUACAAAUAUAUGGAUGUAGAAUAGUGAUGAGGGCGAAAUUGAGUGGCUUGAGAUGGUGGAUGUGGAAUUGGAGGAUUAGUAGUGCAAUUAUUGGGGUGGGCGCUUUUUGGGCAGCAGAGAUGUUGGGCUGUAUUUUUGGCUGGGCAAUCUUGAAGUUAUAUUUUGGAGGGAGGAAAGAGGAAGGAGUGGUCAAGAGAAAAGGAAUUGAAAAGAGUGAAGCUGCAAUUAAGCAAGAGGCAACGGAGGAUGAGCCGGACCUGUCAGAUACCCCGAGAACGUUUCCUACUGCGAGGAGUCAUACACCCUUAGUAUAUCCACCGGUGGGCAAAAAAAACGAAGAGGAUGGAGAAGAUAAGACAUUGGGGGAGACGGUUAUUUUGCCGCUUGCGGGGGAUGCGGAUGAUGAGGAUGACGAGGCGGAAGGGAGUUGGCAAGCCGGUAGAAGAAGUGACUCUGGUUUGGGUACAAGUUUCAGUGAAGGUGGUGCUGGAAGAAUAGGACGAGUUAGUAGGAGGAGAAGUCGUGGUGGCUCGGCUAGUGGAUUGUAAGGUUGGUCAAAAAUCCGGAGUAAAGGAAUAGGAUAAUGGACCUGGAAAUACCCUUAAAUGUACGUUUUUCGUUGAAUUAUUUGGAGAGGCCAGGAGUUUAGAAAUGGCUGGGUGAUUUGUUCAUUUGCACGCGUUAAUUUAUACUAAUUGCAGAGAAUAUGGAAAGGGUUCCACAUGCUCAAUAUCUUAAGUCUUACCACCGUAUAACCUUCCUUCCACGUCCUUCCUCCUUUUGACAUCAGCAGACCGAAGUGUGUUUUUGAUGCCCUAACUGCCCUGUGUCAUCACCUCAAAAACCACACAUUUAAUCUCCGAUCCAGGAAAGGAGGCUUCACUGCCCAAAGUCAAUAUCCCUUUCUUUAACGAGAAUUAAAAUCUGACAAUGAAUAAUUGUUGUCGAAUCAAUGAAUAUUAUUCUUGUAAUACAACAGACCUACAUCAACAACAACAAUGGAACAAAUCUAUUGUGGUUUAACCAUUUCCGGCAAGCUACCCGUUCUAAUUCAAAAGUCACAUGUUUGGCAAAAGACGAUAUAAUCUAUAGGUAUGUAUGUAUUCAGCACGCCAUGAACAACCAGCACACCGAAUCUGGAGGAAUAUGAUAUUGGAAAAAAUGAUAAGACUUAGGAUAUUGUAAGGUUUAUAUAGUUUUCAUAGCAUCUAGUGUUAUCCCUUUGGCUAAAGAUUCUUAAGUAUGAAUAAUGG